GCAGCGUAUUCCUCUGGCUGCGGGACAUUUCCCAGCGCGGAGGGGACCAUUCGGACAGCUCAGCCCCAAAGGGAGAACUUCAGCACCGAGGUCACCCCCAGCACAACCUACCACUAACCCCAAGGACAGCCGCACAGCACCUACCUGCACUGACCAGCAGCUGCAAAACAACGCUUUGGCUCUGAGAACUGUGAGCACUGAAAAUGGAAGGGUUCCUGGGCUUUAACCAUAACCACUGUUUCAUCAUGCUGUUCUUCGUCUCCCUGAGCCUUGCCCAGUACGAACACUGGCCCUACCUCCCCGGGUACCCUGAGCCACCCCCACAAGUCUACCAGCCCCCCCAGAGGCCGGCAGACGUUCCCAAAAUCCAACUACGGCUCGCAGGGCAGAAGAGAAAACACAACGAAGGCCGAGUGGAGGUGUUCUACAGCGGCGAGUGGGGUACGGUGUGCGAUGAUGACUUCUCCAUCCAUGCAGCACACGUGAUUUGCAGGGAGUUGGGCUACGUGGAGGCAGUGUCCUGGCUACCGAGCUCAAAGUAUGGGAAAGGAGAAGGGAAAAUUUGGAUGGACAAUGUCCACUGCAAUGGCAAGGAGACCACGCUGGCAGCGUGCACCUCCAAUGGCUGGGGGGUGACAGACUGCAAACACACCGAGGACGUGGGAGUGGUCUGCAGUGAGAAGAGAAUCCCUGGCUUCAAGUUUGACAACUCGCUGCUCAACCAAAUAGAGAACAUGAACAUUCAGGUGGAGGACAUCAGGAUCCGGCCCAUCCUUGCCACCUAUCGCAAGCGGGUGCCCGUCACGGAGGGUUACGUGGAGGUGAAAGAUGAAGGGACCUGGAAGCAGAUCUGUGACAAGCACUGGACCAUGAAGAAUUCCCGAGUCGUCUGCGGCAUGUUUGGGUUUCCGAGCGAGAGGAAAUACAACACCAAGGUCUACAAAAUGUUUGCCAGCAGGAGGAAGCAGCAUUACUGGGCUUACUCCAUGGACUGCACAGGGAACGAGGCGCACAUCUCCAGCUGCAAACUGGGCAACCACCUCAACGUGGACACAGAGAAGAAUGCAACAUGUGACAACGGGAUGCCCGCAGUGGCCAGCUGUGUCCCCGGCCGUGCCUUUGCCCCCAGCAGCCACAGUGGCUUCCGAAAAGCCUUCAGGCAAGAGCAACCUCUGGUGAGGCUGAAAGGAGGAGCCAACACUGGCGAAGGCCGAGUGGAAGUGCUGAAGAAUGGGGAGUGGGGCACGGUGUGCGACGACAACUGGAACCUGGUGUCUGCCAGCGUGGUGUGCCGGGAGCUGGGCUUCGGCAGCGCCAAGGAGGCAAUCACAGGGGCAAGGCUGGGGCAAGGCAUGGGUCCAAUCCAUCUAAAUGAAAUCGACUGUACAGGAUUUGAGAAAUCCAUCACAGACUGCAAGUUCAACAUGGAGUCGCAGGGCUGCAACCACGAGGAAGAUGCUGCUGUGAGAUGCAACGUCCCCGCGAUGGGUUUCCAGAACCAGCUGCGCCUGGUUGGUGGUCGCAACCCAUACGAGGGUCGGGUGGAGGUGUUGGCUGAACGCAAUGGCACGCUGCGUUGGGGCACGGUCUGCAGCCAGGGAUGGAGCACUGUGGAAGCCAUGGUGGUGUGCAGGCAGCUGGGGCUGGGUUUUGCCAGCCAUGCCUUCCAGGAAACCUGGUACUGGCAUGGAGACGUCAGUGCUGACAGCGUGGUCAUGAGUGGGGUCAAGUGCUCAGGGACGGAGAUGUCCCUGGCCCACUGUCGUCACGAUGGAGCCGACGUCUCCUGUCCUAGAGGAGGAGGUCGCUUUGGUGCUGGCGUGUCCUGUUCAGAGACUGCCCCCGACCUGGUGCUCAACGCCGAGCUGGUGGAGCAGACCGCCUACCUGGAGGACCGCCCCAUGUUCAUGCUGCAGUGUGCACAGGAGGAAAACUGCUUGGCCAGCUCAGCCAUCAACACCUCUGUCACCUCUGGGUACCGCCGCCUGCUGCGCUUCUCCUCCCAGAUCCACAACAACGGGCAGUCGGAUUUCCGCCCCAAAAAUGGGCGCCAUGCUUGGGUCUGGCAUGACUGCCAUCGGCAUUACCACAGCAUGGAGGUCUUCACCCACUAUGAUCUACUGAACCUCAAUGGAACCAAGGUAGCUGAAGGACACAAAGCCAGCUUCUGUCUGGAAGACACCGAAUGUGAAGCAGAUGUGCAAAAACAGUACGAAUGUGCCAAUUUUGGCGAACAAGGGAUCACUGUUGGCUGCUGGGAUGUGUACCGACACGACAUCGACUGCCAAUGGAUCGACAUCACCGACGUCCCACCAGGAGAUUACCUCUUCCAGGUCGUCAUCAACCCCAACUACGAAGUGGCUGAAUCUGAUUACUCCAACAAUGUGAUGAAAUGCCGGAGUCGGUACGACGGGCAGCGGAUCUGGAUGUACAACUGCCACACAGGUGGCUCCUUCAGCGACGAAACGGAACAGAAGUUUGAUCACUUCAGCGGACUCACAAAUAACAAAGUGUCCACCCGAUAGAGCAGCACUGCCUCCCAUCCCACUAUUUAAGAAGCGAGGCUUCCCGCUGCGGUGAUUUCCCCAACCACUGCGCCAAGACAAAAAAAAAAAAAAAAAAAAAA